AUGUCCCAACGGACAAAGAACAAAAACGAUGGUGGUGGUGGUCAUUCUCAAAAAACAAAUUAUGGACAAAAAAAAAAUCCUAAGAGCGACCUUUUUGAUGAGGAAAAAAAAAAUGACACAUCUGAUCAAUUCUCUGGAUUAGUUGAUAGAUAUGGAUUUUUAGUUAGUAAAAGGAAUAAUGGAGAAAAUGAUAAUAAUAAUAAUAAAGAUAAUGAUGACAAGAAAUAUUCAUCCAAAUUAGAGAAUAGUUUAUCAAAAGAAUUCCUAAAGGGAUUCCAGAUUCUUGGAGAAGUCCAGCUUGGUAAAAGAACAUUGGAAAUUUUAAUUGAAAAACAAAAUGAAGAAGAGUUGAUUCAAUUAUAUAAAAAUUUAUUAGUUACUUCUUCAUCUCAUGAAAUUCAAAUAAAUUUGGAUAUUCCUAGAACAACUCGAUCACAUAUAAUGUUUAUAUCAGAAGAUAGUGCUGGUCAAAAAUCCUUAUUUAAUAUUUUGAAAGCAUUUUCAAAUCAUGAUCAACAAGUUGGUUAUUGUCAAGGAAUGGCUAGUAUAGCAUUUGUAAUGUUAAUAAGAUUGUUCAACAAAUUAAAAUUACACGACCUUUACAUACCUGGAUUUCCUUCUUUGUUAGAAAGCUUUUAUAUACAAGAAAUGUUGAUGGAAAAAUAUGCUCUAAAAAUAUCCAAACAUCUUAAGAAGAAUGAGAUUCGAACUGCAACAUAUGCAACCAGGUGGUACCUAACAUUAUUCACAAGUGAAGUUGUCCCUCAUCAUACUUUGUUAAGAUUUUGGGAUUUACUUAUGUUAUAUGGAUUUGAUAUUUCUUAUUAUAUUGCUGUUGGUUUAUUAAAAUAUAAUAAAUAUAAAUUAAUAAAUUUUGAUUUUGAUGAUACAAUGUUGAAAAAAACUGCUUGA